AUCAUUCACUAAAGAACAAAAUGGCAACUGCAAUGGAUGUUGAUCCACCAUCCUCGAGUUCUGGAAGUAGUGUAAAAGGGGACAAGAAGCGAUUCGAAGUGAAAAAGUGGAAUGCUGUUGCUUUAUGGGCAUGGGACAUCGUUGUGGAUAACUGUGCUAUCUGCAGAAAUCAUAUUAUGGAUCUAUGUAUAGAAUGUCAAGCCAAUCAAGCCUCCGCAACAUCAGAGGAAUGUACAGUAGCAUGGGGAGUGUGUAAUCAUGCUUUUCACUUCCAUUGUAUCUCUCGCUGGUUGAAAACGAGACAAGUUUGCCCUCUGGAUAACCGUGAAUGGGAAUUUCAAAAGUAUGGUCGUUAGCAGCAAUGGUUUAGCUGUUCUUCAUAACCAUUUGGAUCGUCCUAAGUUGUAUAACCUUAAACCUACAAUCUUGUUCAUGGGAACUAUAACAUGAAGGAUCUUACAAGUGUGAAAAAUAUUUAGAUUCAACAACGUUGAAUUGUCAUGUCAAGAACAUUGUGUUGUUAUCAAGAAUGACAAUUUUUUUUUCUGAACACUUGAUCAGGACAACUUCUUGUUUUUUAAUUAUUCCCUCACCAGUUCGUCGGUUGGAAAACAACACUUGUGAUAUUGGUUUUUCCUUUCUAUAAAAAACUCCCGGUUUUGCAACUUGGUUCAAUUUCAUGUCUCUGCAAAAUGCGAAAUUCCAUGUAAAGAAUGACGUCACACAUGACAUUAAUAGAGCGCCCUCUGCUAGAGGUCAGAAGAAUGUUGCUUAUUGGGCCACCCUGUACAACCCACGCACAUAAAUGUGCUUUUUCAAUUUGGCGUCAUUGUUUUAGCUCCAAGUUGGGAGGCCUGAUGAUGUCAAUGCCUAAGGUCGGUGUAUGGAAAGCAGUGCUAUGAAGUUGGGCCAAGGUUUAAAUUCAACCUUGAAUGGAACAGCAAUAAUCAAUGUCUGUGUGGUUUAUCUGUGUCAACCAUGUUCUAAUUUCAUAGAAAUGUUUUUUUUAGCUCAAUAGUUGUACAAAAAUCAAUUUGGCUAACCAGAAAACAAGUUAUCUCCUGACUUUGUGACUGGUAUCCUACUUAUUUUUGAAACUGGGCCAUGCAAAACAUUGCUUUGUCAACUAAGAGAUAGAGGAAACAGACAUCAAGUUGUUUUUGUUGACUGCAAUAAGAUACAUUUUGUGGCCAUUUUGUCAUUGUCUUUUUGUAGAUGACUGUGUUCAAUCGCAGGACUUGUUCAAGUCCUCCACAAAAUCAACUCUAGAUAGUAACUUUGUCAAUAUCUUUUGGUUAAAUUUUAAUAUAGCGAGGCCAUAAACUUUGCUUUGUUGUUUUUCAAAACUCUCAAAAAAAUGCAUAUUCCAAGUGUGAAGGAUUACGACUAUCUUAAAGAUUAAAUUUUGUGACAAUAGAAACUAAAUCUUUUGUUGAUCACAAAUGACUUGUUUAUUGUAAAGUAGUGAUUUUGAAAAAGACACUUUUGUUUAUUACGUGUACUUGGUUUUAACUUAAUAAAGU